AUGCAGGCCGGCCCGUCAUCGUCAAAUGGCACACUUCACCAAAACGGACAUCAAGAAUAUAGAAACCGAAAGGUUGCUUCGAAAUCGAAAUCGCCAAGCGAACUUGAUCUGGAAAUCUUGCAAGAAAGGGAUCAGCUGAGGGUCGAACUGAAAGAGCUACGAGAAAUUCAUAAAAAGUCUUCCGACGAAUUGUUCGACAUGAAGAUCGGAAUGACUGAGUGGAUGGUCCUUUUAUCGCCAUAUCGAGAGAUCUAUGAAGGUCAUGGAGUUUAUAGGCAAUGGAUGCCUUAUGAAAUCAACAAAUCACAAGAAGUUCUUGGGCUCGAUCGACCAGUCGAAGAGGAAAUUGCUGCCGAAAACAAGCGCUUCGCCGAAUCGCAAGAACGAGGACGGAUUCGUCGGAUUGCGAGCCGAAUCAUUCGAGAGCCUGAAGCGUGGAAACUUUUCGACUUCGUUGAAAAGAAAUCACUGCAAAAUGGUUUCCACGAAGAAAAUGCUGAAAUGCUGGAAGUGGUGAAAGAACAAGAAGCACAAGAAGAAGCACAACCACAAAAGGCUGGAGUCGAUCAAGAUCGAUCAACCAGCAUCCAAGAGGAAGAAAAGAAGCCGGAGAAGUUGCUAGAAAGUGAUCAAUUGCCAUUAGUGGAACCGAUUGAACCGGCCACUUCAGUCGAAAGCUUGCAAGGGUCGGUCGAUGAACAGAAGCCGGCCACAUCGAUGAAUCUAUUUGAGGCCUAUUCACAAGUCUUCCUCGCCUCCACCGAGCACACCAAACGAAUGAUUGAAGCCAGAAGAAGCUUAUCUCAAUUGCCAAAGAGUGACUAUCAGCUACCAGAGAAUUGUAAUGAAGACGGGCCGCUGGUUGUGAGAUUCGUCGCCGAGUUGAACGUCACGGUCGUGAUGAGAAAGUUCAAAAAGCCGAUCCGAACGAGCCGACAACCAAAACCCCGGAAAUACGCGACAAGAAGCUCACCGAGAAAACAGACCGUCCAAGUGAAAGUGGAGGAAGAAGCCGCGAAAUCGUCAACAAAUGAGGAACCGGAGAGGCCGAUUGAGAAUGUGGAAGCGCUGAAGUCCAAGAAUCCUCGCGGGACGAAGCGGGCAGCCACGAACAGAAGAAGCUCUUCGAAUGGUCCCAGCACUUCGCCCAAGCGUCCAAAAGAGGAACCAUGUGAGACUCCGAAGAAGACCUAUUCUGAGGAAAUUCAGAAAAUCAUCGCCGACGCAAAGGAAAUGUCAAACAUGGGAAAGAGAACUUCAGCGAGGAGAAAAUCGACUGCCAAUAAAACACUAGAAUUCUCGUGC